AUGGACCCGCGGAAGAGUAAGCACGCCUUUGACCUCCCCAGGCUCAAGACGACUUACUCACGACCCGCUCGCGGUCGAUUCACCUUCUACGACGUCAAAUUCUGGCCGUAUGCCGCCGCCUCAUGCGAUGGACCGAUCUUCGCCGUUGCUGCCCAGAGGGGGAUCAUUGUGGGUCGCUUGUCCAACAAAUCCCAGUCUGUAGUCACCAUCCUCCAAGAUCUCUGGGAUUUUCAAGAUGAUCACGCCGCAUCUCCGAAUCUGAAUUCGUGCGCUUGGUGCUACAUCGAUCGGCAGAGACCUUUGUUGGUAGUCGGCGGCGGUUCAGGCCAACUCAAGGUUGUUGACGUUCUCCACGCCCAACCUGUUGCCACUCUGCUGGGCCAUGGACGGGCAGCCAUCAAUGACAUCGCUGUUCAUCCUCUCUAUCCGUGGAUCGUCGCCACCGCUUCGCAGGAUGGGGCGCUUCGAGUCUGGGAUCUACGCCGACACCGCUUGCGCCACCACGCACCAUCCAUCAUCCUCUGUGGUGAUGGAACCGAAGGACACCGCGCCGGCGUCUUGUCACUUGCAUGGCACCAGACCGGCCGCUACUUGGUAUCGGGCGGCCACGAUCACCGCAUCUGUGUGUGGACCAUACCCGACCUUGAGGAUGGCUCUCCCUUUUGGGACACAGUUUGUCCAGAGCUGGUAGAGCGACGCUCGAACGAGACAUUUGUCAUACACUGUCCUCACUUCGUCACCCAGGCCGUCCAUACCCAGUACAUUGACUGUGCCAGGUUCUUUGGCGAUUUGCUUGUGACAAAGGCUGCCGUUGAAGGCAAGAUUGUGUUCUGGAAGAUCACCGGCUUCGACUCAGGAAGAUGCCCUCCAACUGCAACGACAGCCCCCAAACUCGAGGGUCACCUCGACACGCGCAACGGCUUCAUGCGUACCGUUAUCACCGAUAAGGAUGGCUAUGAACGUGUGGGGAUUCGAAGCGAUUGCAAGAACAAGCCUCCUUACCGAAGGCUCCUGGAGUUUGAGACUCCCCACGACCAGGUAUUCUACAUGCGGUUCGGCCUGCUAUUGCCUUCGCAGGCCUAUCCAGACAUACAUCCGGUGCUAGCGUUCGGCAACGCCGCUUCUGAACUUCGCUUCUGGGAUCUCGAGCGGUUGUCUGUGGGGCAUGCUGGCGAAGUCUAUCCGGACGCCCAUCCUCGUCGCGCUGGCAGAAAAAGAAAGAGGCCGGCAACCGAAGUCGUACCCACAGCAGAACAACCAGAGAAACGACCUCGAAAUCCCGACACCGCUCCCUUAGCCCCUGAAAGAUGGUCUUCGAGGCUCAAGCAAGACCCUCCAGCUACCGAGAUUGGGAAUAUAGAGACCAAGGAAGAGGUUGUAGGGAUCAGGCAAGGGUCUGCACAGAUCAAGAUCGAGCCCGUAGAGAUUCGGCAGGAGUCUCCAGGUCCUAUAUCACAGACUCCUCCGGCUCGACAUGUCAAUGUUACAAGAAUUCCGAGUCAAUUAGUGUCGGACGUCGCUCAACCCUCUCAGGAAACUCCAGUCACCAAAAGAGAGACAAAUUCUGUCGGGAGAUCGACUGCGAUAAAAUCAAAUGGCAUCCCUCCAUCUCCAGACACUCCAGCUGCCACCACAGAACUAAACCCUGUCAGAAGAUCGCGUCGUCUUUUGAAGCCACCGUCUCCGCCCGCUUCAGAUGGCUCAGAAGAUCGAAGUCGUAGCAGGUCGCCGUCUAUCGAAGCAGGCGCAUCAGGCACCGCGCUCCCAUCUCCAGAGACUUCACCAGAAGCAGAUCUUGUCAGAAGGUCGACUCGUUUAAAACGGAAGGCUUCGAAUGUAUUUCCGGAAACUGUAGAUGGCCCAGGAGAUACCAUUCCCGCCAAAAGGUUUUUGCCUUCUCCGGGUCCCGGAGAAGAGAGUCGUAAUACAACACAAGGGCAGGAAGGGUCUGCUCAUUCUCUGGAAAACGCGAGACGGAAGUCUCUGACGCCAGAGUGUGAGGUAGAGAUCUUGGCAAGUAUAGAGGCCGACGAAGAGUCUUCUGGCACUCUAGAGGUCGAGCGAGAGGGGUCUGCCAGUUCGAUUAUCGAGAAAGAGGCUUCCUACAGCGUAGAGUUUGUGCGAGCAAGGCCUCUGGCUCUAGACUUCGCGUCAAUGUGUGGCGACUCUAUGGACAUGGACAAAUGUUCUCUGAACAUCAAAAAAGCCCCCAUGGAUGUUGACACGCCAGAGUCCCGUACAUCACGGAUGUCUGAUCUGAAGUCAAGCCUGCUAGGGUCCCAAUUCAACUCUACUGAGGAGGGCAACAAACCCUCGACGGCCGCGGACUCCACACUAGUUCGCUUUUCGGUCAUAGACGACGAGGACUACGUCUCCAUCAACGACCCUGAAAAUCCUCCUUUUCACGCCCCCGACCGUGAAAAAUAUCCAGUCGACGAGCCCCACAUGCCUCUCAAAUCACACGCGAGGGUUGUGGUUCAUAAGCUCCAAUACAAGAAGCGAGCCCCGUUUGUGGCGCGAGCAGUGGAUUGGAGCCCUUGCGGGAGGUGGUGCAUAGCAGUUGGAGAGUCCUGCCUCAACCAGGAAGAUGGCUGGGGCGGCUUGGCUGUGCUGCAUCGUCCUGAUUUGCCAAAGGUUAAGAUGGACGACAAGACCGAAGCAUUGAACAGGGCCUUCAAAAUAAGGUCAGGGAUGCUUGACCGAGUUCAAGGAGAUGACAAAGCACUCAACCGUCUCCUCGAAGAAUUUGCGUCGUUCAUGCAAGUACGCGAUGCUGACGGGGAACAAGAAUCCCAAGAUGAUUCAGACGAAGGAUUUGAAGACAAGUCAGACGAAGACUCUAGGGGAGACUCCGAGGAAUCUAAACAGGACUCUAAAGAUGACCUGGAGGAAGCUAAAGGUAAUUCGAAAGAUGACCCCACGGACUUUGAAGAGGAUGAGGGAUCUGAAGGACUCGAAGAGGAGUGGGAAGAACAACUUCACGAUGACCCUGAGGAAUCGACGAGGACUCAGAAGAAGAACUUCACAAUGACCCUGAAGAAUCUAAGGAAGACGAAGUCUCUGAGGAAGGAAGAGCUCUAA